AUGUCUUUUUCCAGCGCCCUUGCUACGGCCAGGAAGGAGUACAAUGAUCGUUGCAAGGAUUUCAAGAAGCUUUUGGAGGUCUUUCAGGAGGCCGCAAGCGCUCCAGAACCGGAGAAAGUGAAGGAGAUCAAGGAAACUGCAGCUCUGGUGGCCACGUACCGUACUGUGGAGGUGGCCAUGCGCGAGCAUGUGCGUGAAGUGAUGAAGAGGGCGGGCUUCGACCGCCUGGUGGUCUUCAGUGCAGCCGAGGAAGCGGCCGAAGCCAAAGUUGCUGCAGACCGCGCCAAGGCCGCCGAGAAGGCUGAGAAAGCCGCCGAGGCCGCGCGAACGGCAGCCAAAAAGGCUGCUGAGCGCAAGGCUGCUAAGGAGGAGGCCUUGGCGAAGGCCGCUGCGGCCAAGGCCAAGGCCAAGGCGAAAGCGGCAGAGGCCAAGGCGAAAGCCAAGGCGAAGGCGGAAGCGGCUGAGGCCAAGGCGAAGGUCACGAGUGGUGACAUGGCAAGGAACUCUGUUCGAUCCGCCAGAGGGACGGAUUCCCGGUGGGGCUCUGAAGCUCUGAACUUGAUCCAGCGCGCUGCACCCGCUGAAGCUGAAGUAGAGCAGGUCCCACAGAUUCAAUUCAUUCAAGAUGGCCCUGCUGUGGGAUGGGCGGUGAAAGGUGUGAGCUACAAUUCCGGCACCCAAUAUUUCGUGAAGCGUCCGGACUCGACACUCUGGGAGACCAGGUAUCAAGCCUUGAAGGACUUGGACCAGGAUGAUGCCAUUGUGGUGGCAGUGCAAGCCGCAAGGCGCCGCGCAAGCGCGGCAACUUCUUUGGUGGUGUCUUUCGCGGAAAUUAUUGGGAUUUAA